UUGAUGAAAUAAGCGCGGAAGAUGAAGAAUUGAUAGAGCAAGCGGUUAGUGAAAUGGAAAAUGAUUCCAUCAAUUUUUCAUUGAACAUGAGUCAAAUUGACCUUGAUCAGUCGAAUAAAACAGUAGCAAUACCACAUGUGUUGCAAUUGCCGACAGUGUAUGAUUUUUUGCCGUCAACAUCAACCGAAUCAACCACACAAUCAUCGAUACAACGGCGUUCAACAACGCCAUUGCCAACACAACAAGAUUUUGCGCUGCCAACAACAUCAACCGCAUCCCAAUUCAAGCCACCGAAACGACCACGCUCACCAUUGCCUUCGUUUGAAUUAUCCGGCCCAACAGCGACACCGUCUACUGGUGGUUUUACUGGUGAAGGCGUUGAAUCAAUUCAAAAAGACUCAAAACAGUUCUCAAAUAUUUUGUGGCGAAAAUGUUGAUAUCUCAACUGUGUUGUGGAAAGAUAACAAGUCGGUUCGUUUAGUAUCAACUUAUGUUGGCGUAAAUGAUUUUCAAAGAAACAAUCCGAAUGUACAACCAGCAAAAGCUGCACGAUAUGAUCGAUCAAAAAAAAAUGUA